GGAGGCCCCUGACGACAUGUCCACAUAAAUACAACCUAGCCGGACCUUAAUUUUCCUGAACAGCUUUUCAAAGAUGAGACUGCUGCUGCUUUUCGGGGUUCUCAUCGGGGCUACCUGCAGCCUGAAAACGUUUGUGGGCGACCAGGUUCUACGAGUGGAACCACACAAUGAGGAGCAGGUCCGCCUAUUGAAGGAGCUGGAAGCGCUGGAACCGCUCCAGCUUGAUUUUUGGCGAUUCCCUUCAUACCCUAAUGAGCCAGCAGAUGUCCAAGUGCCCUUCGACUGUCUUCAAGUUGUCAAAGUCUUCCUGGAGUCCCAUCAGAUCAAGUACUAUAUCCUCAUAGAAGAUAUCCAGGCCAUAGUGGAUGAAGAAACCCGAAACAUGGACUACAAUCAGCAAAGAGAACGUGGCAGCAGCAGUUUCAACUAUGGCGCGUAUCAUUCAUUAGACAUAAUUUAUAAAGCUAUGGAUGAUAUUGUGGCUGAGCAUCCCCAGCUUGUGAGCAAAAUCCAGAUUGGAGAGUCUUAUGAAAAACAACCCCUUAACGUCCUCAAGUUUAGCACCGGAGGGACGAACCGUCCUGCAAUCUGGAUUGAUGCUGGGAUCCAUGCCCGAGAGUGGGUCACCCAAGCGACUGCCUUGUGGACCGCCGAAAAGAUUGCCUCUGACUACAGCCAUGAUCCGUUGGUAACCUCCCUGUUGAACACGAUGGAUGUCUUCCUGAUGGUUGUUGCAAAUCCAGAUGGCUAUGUAUUCUCUCAGACUAAAAAUCGUAUGUGGCGGAAGACCCGCUCCAGGAUUCCCGGCAGCACUUGCAUUGGUGUGGAUCCAAACAGGAACUGGGACGCAGGCUUCGGAGGACCUGGAAGCAGUGACAACCCCUGUUCUGACUCUUACUCCGGACCCAGCCCCUUCUCCGAAGUGGAAGUGAGGUCCAUUGCGGAUUUUAUCAAGAGCCACGGGAACUUCAAGGCGUUUAUCAGCAUCCACAGCUAUUCGCAGCUCCUGAUGUAUCCAUACGGGUACAAGUGCACCAAUGCCCGGGAUUACAAAGAACUGGAGGAAGUGGCGAAUGCUGCUGCCAACUCAUUGUCUUCCUUGUAUGGCACCAAAUACAGAGUUGGAGACAUUUGUCAUGUCAUCUACCAAGCCAGUGGUGGCAGCAUUGAUUGGACUUAUGACUACGGCAUCAAAUACUCCUUUGCCUUUGAACUGAGAGACACGGGACGCUACGGUUUCCUCUUGCCCGCCAAUCAGAUCAUCCCAACCGCUCAAGAGACCUGGCUGGGGUUGAAGACCAUCCUGGAACAUGUGCAGGACCACCCCUAUUGA